AUGGCUUCUCCAGAGCGGCAAAUUACCGCGCCCAACAUGGUCUGCUCACAUCCCCCGAGAAAGGAUAUAGCUACCAUGAGAGUAGCCCAUGUUCCCACGGAUGCCACUACCGGAACUUGGCAGCGCAAGCUCAACGAAAUGACGAAAUGGGAGAGCAUAGCAAAGGAGAGCCACAGCGACUCAAAAGCCAGCCCUGCACGGACCCGCGGCCUGGGCGAGGAAACGGAUCUGGAUGUGGUGAAGCUGUAUAUGGGCCAGGAGUUUGGAAUACAGGACAUGUUACUUCACGGCCACCGUAGGCAGAACAUUGCACCGCAGGGGCCUGAAUCUCUAGAUGCAAGAAUACAGGAUAAUUUUAGCAAGGGGAGAAUUAGGCGAGGAAUCAUCACCACCACGGCGACCUCCGACAAUAAUCACGAUAUAGUUAAUGAUUUGCAUUAUUAUGUCCUCCGUAAUCGUAUAGAUGGCUGGAGGGGUGGAUUGGCUUUUUGCGCCGAAUCGUUCUUCGGAGAGGUCUAG